UUUUGCAUUGGUAGCAACUCCUCAGAGAAGGCAUUUUCACCUCCCACUUGCAGACUCCUCUCCAUCUCAUAAGACAGUCCUCAGAUCUUUUCGCUAUCCUUCCUAUCGUUCUUAGAAAUGGCACGGUUGGUGUUCAUAUUGGGAAUUGCUCUCGCCCUUGUCGCAUCCAUGGCAGAUGCUGCAGUUGUCGAACGCACGUUCCGAGUUGGCAACCUCACGGUAAGUCGAUUGUGCGAGAGCACAGUGAUCAAUGCCGUGAAUGGCCGGCUUCCGGGCCCAACCCUAGAUGUCCGCGAGGGCGAUACGGUGGUGGUUCAUGUCAUCAAUGACUCGCCCUACAACAUUACCAUCCACUGGCACGGCAUAUUUGAGAUACUGACUGCUUGGGCCGACGGGCCAAAUAUGAUAACGCAGUGCCCGAUACAACCAGGGCACAGCUACACCCAGAAAUUCACCAUUACCGGCCAAGAGGGCACUCUGUGGUGGCAUGCCCAUGCCUCGGUCAUCCGAGCAACAGUCUACGGUGCUCUCAUAAUCAGACCCAGACAAGGCACCAAAGGCUACCCUUUCCCCAAACCCGACAAGGAAGUACCCAUCCUACUCGGUGAGUGGUGGAACGCGAACGUAGUUGACUUGGCCAAUGAAGCCUUUCUUAACGGCACCAGUCUCAGUGCCUCCGACGCAUUUACCAUCAAUGGAAAAACCGGUGACCAGUACCCAUGCUCAAAAGAAGACACCUACAAGCUGGAAGUGGAGAAGGGAAAGACCUACUUGCUCCGGAUCAUCAACGCUGCACUCGAUAACCAGCUCUUCUUCAAGAUCGCCGGGCACCGCUUCACCGUGGUAGCCGUGGAUGCUAGCUACACCAAGCCCUACGAGACCGAUGUGAUCGUCAUCGCCCCCGGCCAGACCGUCGAUGCCCUCAUGGUGGCCGAUGCGACCCCGGCACGCUACUACAUGGCCGCCCUCGCGUACGUCAGCCGGGAUAACAGCUCGAAUCUACCCUUCGAUAACACAACAACCACGGGCAUCGUUCGAUACAAAUCCGCCUCGCCAUCUUCGCAACCCGUGAUGCCGACCAUGCCCUCCUUCUUCGACAACGAUCUGGCCUUCCGCUUCUAUUCCAGCCUAACCGGUCUCUGCAGGCCGGGGGACGGCACCGUCCCUCUCCAUGUCGACGAGCACAUGUUCGUCACGGUCGGGUUGAACUUUGCUGCUUGCCUGCCGAGUCAAGUGAACUGCAUCACGCAAUCGCUCGCCGCCAGCAUGAACAACGCGUCCUUCAUGUUCCCCACCACCAUGUCGCUGCUGGAGGCAGAUUAUAAGGGUGUGGAGGGGGUUUACACGGACGACUUCCCCGACUACCCGCCGGUGUUCUUCGAUUUCACGAACGCCUCCGUGAACUCAGAUACAGCGCUGACGUUCACGACCAAGUCUACCAAGGUGAAGAAGGUCAAGUACAACACGACGGUGGAGAUGGUGCUGCAGAACACGGCGAUAGUGGGGAUCGAGAGCCACCCGAUGCACAUCCAUAGUUUCAACUUCUUCGUGGUGGCGCAAGGGUUCGGAAACUACGACAGAGCCACGGCAGAGAAGAGCUACAACCUGGUGGAUCCACAGGAGAGGAACACCGUCGCCGUUCCGACCGGCGGUUGGGCUGUCAUCCGAUUCACUGCCAAUAAUCCAGGUAUGUGGAUCAUGCACUGCCACUUCGACUCCCACCUGCUGCUGGGGCUGGCGACGGCUUUCGAGGUGGAGAAUGGACCCACCCCUGAAUCCACCCUCCCCCCACCCCCUCCGGAUUAUCCCGCUUGUUAGAAGAAGAAGCUGGAGGGGACCGAGGACAACUGGAAAAUAAAGAUUAAUAUAGGAUAGGAGAAUGACAAACGCCUCACAAGUUUAUUCUGUCUUUAUUCUAUUGUUUAUUGAAGAUUCUCCAUUGAUUUGUGCUUCCUACCUACUAAGUGUACAAGAAAAUAAACAGUCCAUUCUUUGUAAUAAAUAUUUGGAUUAUCAAUAAGCAAAUGUUUUCUUUU